AUGGAUGUUGCUCAAAGUCGUCUCUAUCCUGGUGCUCAUAUAGCUACUGGAAAUCCUCAUGAUUAUUUUCAUCAUGGUAUUGUUAUUGAUCCAACGACGGACGAAAUCUUAAUCGUUCAUUUUUGGGGACAUAAGAAACGAGAAGCACAUAUUCAAACAACUGAUUUAUCAACAUUUGUUUCUGGUAGUAGUCAUAGAGUUGCUUCAAAGAACCGACAAUUAUAUUUAGUUCAUUAUGAAAAUGAUACAUUUGAGAAACAACAAGAAACUUGUCAACAUGCAAAAGAAAUGUUGGAAAAGCCUUAUAGUUGUAAAUUUCAUCUUCUUCGAUUAAAUUGUGAAAGUUUUGCUCGUUUUUGUCGAACAGGAGAAUGGAAAAGUGAACAAGCAAUAGCGUUAAAAAGUUUUCCAUUGAAGAACAUUCGAAAUAUUUGCAAGAAAAAUUAA